AUGGUGCUCAGCCUGGCCAUGGAGUCCAACGAGGAUGGAGAGAGCUGGGUGGAGGAGCAGUGGGAGAAAUGGCUGACCCAUGACAUAAGUCUGGAGGAGUAUGAGGAUGACGACUUAUCUGAGGUCACGGAGAUCGGUGAUGAGCAUGGACCCAGCCCGACCUACUGCACCCUGGACCUCAACGGUCACAUGUCUGUGGCAGCCAAUGAGGGGACCAGGCUGGCAGAGAGGAGGCGGGGGGUGGUGGAGCUGCAGUCGGAGAUGCUCCACUUGGACCUGAUCGAUGCAGAGGAGGGUGGGAUACAGGAAGACGACGAGUGGCAGCAGGAGGAAGAGGAGCGGAGGACGACGAGGAAGGAGCCCGUCGAUGCGGCCCAGCAGCAGCCACGACAGCGGGAGGGGCAAGUGGGAGCCGCGCCGCCCGACGUCCGACAGCCUCUGCUGAGGGAGCAAGACCCCAUCGUCAUGGAUACGUAUCGGCCCAAAAGGCCCACCAGCCUCAACCUCUUCCCCCAGGUGCCUCGCACUCAGGACACAAUAAACAAUAACUCCUUUGGGGACAAGGACAGGAGGAAGGAGAAAGGGAGAGACAAAGUAACAGGAGAACAGGGUAGCGAUGGAGGCAAAGUGCAGCGGGGUGACAGGACUGGCUCCAAGCACGCCACCGGCCCCACCUCCACCUCCUCUCACAGGGCAGGCGGGGACACCAAGCCUAAGAAGAAGCCCUCUACCACUCAGCGCCCCAAGCCCAGUGCAGUAAAGUCCAAGGCUGCCACCAAAACCUCCACCGCCACCACCGCCACUGAGCCAGCCAUGAGGGAGACGGCCGGGGAGCCCGUCCGGGAGCAGGUGCAGAGCUGCCGUGCCUCGGUGGCCGCUGUGGAGGGCGGCGUGGAGAAGGUCCACUACAGCAAGGUGAACGGGAGCAGGGAGACGGUGUUCUACCCCACGCAGAACGGGGGCGUCUGCAGGGAACAGGAGCGCUACCCACGCUAUUUCGGCGGGGUGGUCGAAAUGAACUUUACCGACGUGGAUGACCAGCCAGAGGAAGAGGAGGAUGAGGAGGAAGUCGAGGUCAGGCUCAGGCGAAACGGCGACAGCAGCAGCAGCGGCAGGCCGUCCCUGUCACAGAGCAGCGACAGCAACCGCAUGUCCCUGGGCUCAGACAGCGAGGCCCCGCCGUGCCCACAGCACCACCACCACCCACACCACCACAACCACAAGCCCUCCAUCAGCGAGGAGGACGAGGAUGAUGACGGGGUCUACCCCCCGACGCCACCCCGCCGGACUGUCAGCCUCAGCGAAGCCGUGGGCAGGGAGUCGUCCUGGAGAACGAUAGCAGAGGUGGACGAGGAGGAAGAGGAGGACAUUGCAGGGGCUGCGGUGGCUGGGAAAGGAGUGGCAGCGGCGGCAGGAGCAGGAGCGUCAGCAGUGGAGGCGGAGGGGAAGCCUGCUGCUGCAGAGCCCACCGUCAGCAGCUCGGAUGCCAGCGGCCUCUCGUACGACUCGGUCAAGUACACGCUGGUGGUGGACGAGCAUGCGAAGCUGGAGCUGGUCAGCCUCAAGCAGUGCUACAAGGCCUACCAGGACAGCGACAGUGACGACAACACCGUCUACGAGUCGGCGCUGGAGGAAGAGGAGGAGGAGGAGGCGGGUGAAAAGAGGCCACACAGGAGAUUAAAGAGAGAGCAGUCUUCUGGCCUCUCGGUAGCCACCACCACGGAUUCCAGCUCGGACGCUCCACGCUCACGCAAGUUCCGCAACGUUUUUGCCAAUCGGCGUGCCUCUCGCUUAUCAGGUGCAGAGACUUUUGGUUUGUUCUCCUGUGUCAUUGCUGGGGAGGAACGUGAGCAGAGUCACAGAGCAGUGUUCAGGUUUGUCCCGCGUCAUGAGGACGAGUUGGAGCUGGAGGCGGAUGACCCUCUACUGUUGGAGGCCCAAGCCGAGGACCUCUGGUGCGAGGCGUACAACAUGCGCACCGGUGCCCGUGGCAUCUUCCCCGCAUUCUAUGCCGUCACGGUUACCAAGGAGACCACACACCCUAAAGAGGAGAAAGGUGACUGGGUGGAUACCUUCUGGGUGAAAUUCCUUGGCUCUGUUCCAGUCCCGUAUCAUAAAGGGAAUGAUGUUCUUUGUGCAGCUAUGCAUAAGAUUGCUACAAACAGAAGAUUGCAGAUGCACUACAGCCCUCCUUCAAUGUGCGUUGUGGAGAUCAACAUGAGGGGCGUGAAGAUCAUUGUUCAAGAUGACUGCCGGUCUUCUGAGAGAGGGGAUAAGUGCUGUCAUUUCUUUCAGCUGAAGAACAUUUCAUUUUGUGGAUGCCAUCCAAAAAACAACAAGUAUUUCGGGUUGAUUACCAAACACCCAGCCUAUCAGAAGUUUGCCUGUCACGUCUUCUUCUCAGAGGAUUCCACCACAGUCCUGGCUGAGUCGGUGGGGAAAGCAUUCCAGCAGUACUACAAAGAACACAUGGCAUACUCUUGUCCAACAGAAGAUAUCUUCCUCGAGUAACCUGCACUGCACCUCCUUAAUGUUUUGCAUCACGAUAGAUCAUUUAUAAAGUGUUGCAUGAUGGUCAGUAGAAGUCCAUUUAAUGGUUGUUUUUACUUUGGGGUCUGAUGUAGACAAAAAUAUAACUUCACAUCCAUACUAAGUGUCAUGACAUUGGCUUCCAUACUACUGGAAUUGCCAUUUGUAACCGAGUCUACCUACCUACUGGUUUUAGAUGGAAAGACCUGUGUCUUUUUAUUGCUAUAUUCUGAUGUCUGAAGUCUGAUGUUGAGGGAACUUGAGUGUCAGCGUGGUAUAAAUCAUGAUCAAGCAGGUUAUAAUGUGCAGUUCUUGUCUAUGAACUGAAAGCACAAUACCAUACAGAUUAUAAGGACCACCCUCAGAGCUUGAGCAGACUCCCAGGUGCCAGUUACUCCCGACCACCCACAGAUUUAAUUGAAUUGUAUCUCACAGCAUAUAGGUCUCUAUAACAGUGUAAAAAGACAUCGCCACACCCGUUUGUAAGGUAAAGCGUUUGUUGGCACAAGCAGUGUAACACAGCUCAAAGUAAACUGGGUUUGACCUACAGUGUCUCUCACUGAACGUUUACUGGCCAUUCCUUGUUUCAUUCCUGGGCUCAUGGCAGUUACCAUGGAGCUGCCGCUACAAAUGAGUGCUACUUCUGCCCUUUGCCUCACUGUUAAGAGUGACGCCUUAUUGGACUCCCUGAUUGCUUCUGUACUCUGAACUCUUGUGUAGCCUAUGAAUACCAAAUAUAUUGAAUUUAUUCAACUGCUCACAAACUAUUAUUACAGAAAUGUAAAGUUGUUCAUUGAAAAUGGUGAGGAGUGGAAGCUUGGACAAACUAAACCACUUGUUACAUUUCAGAUCAGAUACGGAUAUAACAAUGAAUACAUGGAAGCUUAAUACUAGUGUGUUUGGAGUCACAUGCUCAUCGGCUAUCUCUGGCAUAGUGUGUAUAUAAAUGUUUCAUCGGAAUCUUGACAGUACCUAUGGAAAUGACUGGAGUGCGGAGAGAUGUGUGAAUAUGUCUAAUGCUGAAUGUUCAGUUUUAAUGUGACCAUGUAUUUUUUCAGUGAAGCAGAAUUAUGAGCAAUUGCAGAUUAUAUGAAUUCUUUAAUACUUUCAAAAAUACCAAAAGUUAUCAGCCGUGUGUCUGUGGGUGGUAGAACUGAGGCCAUGCGUGUCUUCAUAUCAAUCAUGCAAAAUCACAGAUUGUGCCUAUUUUAUUUUAUUUUUGGUUAUGAUUAAACAUUGUAUAUUGUCUUUUUUAUUUUGAAUGAUUCUGUGAGCACUGUGGAAGUCCUAUUAAAUGCUAUUUGUAAAAGAA